CGGAGAAGACAAGUGACUCGGAGGAUGGCUCAAUGAAACUAUUCCACUUGAUUUCAUAGAGAUGGUGGACCAUGAGCGUGGGACAAGCUGGCGAUCUCCUACCUCUCUCCGUCCCCGUCACCGCGCCCGCUUCACUGCGACCGCGCCGGCUGCGACGCUCACAUGACAAGCUUGUCCACCACCACCGCAUACACGCCACUCGAACAACUGCUGCUCUUCCAAGCGCUACGUGUUGAAGGGAGCAACAGCACCGCGACCAUCAAUUUCAGCUUCAACCGCAUCUCCGAUCAAUUGAAAGCCAUCCCAACUAUUCACAACGAUCCAACCUACGACAGCGGCCGUCUCAGCCCAGAUGCAUUAAGGGAGCUUUAUCUGUGGCUACUCAAAGAUGAAGUCAAACGGGACCUUGAGCGCCAAGCCGAGAAGGAAAGCCAUGCCACUACAAAUGGAGACGCUUCGCCAGCGUCGCGUAAGCGAAAGGCUCCCAGCCCUACGGUGCCUACGGUGCAAGAAGCGGCGCAGCAUUCCUACCUGAUACCACAGCUUGUUAAUAGGCUUUACGCGACGUACCGGGACAGGCUUGUCAAGGAGCUUCGCGACCAUGAACGCAAGUACGAUGCCUUGUCACGCGACAUCAGCGAGAUUGAGGCGGGCAAAUGGGACGAGCGACUGCAGCGGCAGCGGACUGUUUCUGCGACGCAGAGUCCUAAGGCUUCGCCAAGAGUUCGAAGUCAGCUCAUUGAGCAACGGCCUGAUACGGCAACUACGACCAAGGAUGCUGCUGCAUCAGCGACUGUACCCGAAAAGGCUGCGGAACCCAACGUGCAGCCACCACCGAGAAAGUCUACGAUAGAUGCUAUGAUCAACCAUGAGCCAGAACCCCCGGCUGCCCCGAGUAGUCACUCGAGAACGCCGUCCAACUCAGCACUCCCGCCGCUCUCAGAAAUGGCGCCGCACUCGCCUCGGUUCGGUAUUCCACCCAUGCCUGGUCCGGUAGCAGCCGGCAUGCCUCCACCGUACGGACAUUCGCCACCAGCUAAUCAUCCCUCGUCUUACGCGCCACAUCAUGCCCAUCCUGUCCCUAGUCCGCAGCUGCAAAACGCAAUGACUAGGCCUUCAUCGUCUCCACGACCUAUUCUUCCUCCUCCAGCGGGCAUGAGGCUGCCUCCUCCAUCGCCCAUCCAGCAUGCUUCCUCACCGGCCCAUCGCGGGCCAGGUAUGCCUGCUCAGCAGUACUACCAGCCCCAACACAGGUCGUCGCUUGGACCAUCACCUACCAAUGACCGGCCAUCGCACGGCUAUGCUGCUCAGUAUCCACCAGCGGUACCUUACUAUCAGCAGCAACCUGUCUAUGCGGAUCGGAGGACAUCCUUCCCGCCUCAACAAGCUCAGCAACCUCCACUGGCUCACCAGCGCUUUCCAGUGCAAGCUCCGCAUCAGAGCGGCCACCAAUACGGAUGGCAUGUUGAUGGCUCUCAGCACGCCAAGAUGCCACCGAAGCAGCAGCCUCCGUUAUCAAUACCGCAGAACUCGAGGCCCAUUCAACCGCAGUCUUACACUCCACAUCACCCGCCACCAAACCCGCCGUCGCAGUCCUUGUUUACGAGUUCAAAGCAACAACCUGACCAGCAACGGCUCGUUUCCAGUAUCAUCGCCGCGCUCGCUACGCCACCGCGCAGGCGUAGCACGCCGUCCCAAGCUCAGCAGAAGCCAUUGUGGAAGAGUGAACAUCGGCCGCCUCCAGUAGGUGUACCAUUCGCAGCCGAGUCGCCUCUGGUUGAGCCACUAAGCCCUGUCCAACGACGGGCGCGCUCACCUGUCAAGCAGCCGCCCGGUGUCCGUCGUGAGCGUACUGCUUCACCGUCCGGAGAGUCUGAGAAGCCACAGCCUACCACGCAACCAGCCGGACGACGCACCCGAGCGACGCGCAACCGGAGUCCGCAUAGUGUCACAUCUACCGCUGACGACCUUGCACGGACUCGAACGCGCAGUCAGUCAGUCAGUACUGCGGCUGAAGGUCAGCCCACUCCCGUUCAGCGGACCAUUAAGCGAACGACCGUCAAGGCCGAACCAUCAACGCCUGCAGAAGUCGUUGACGCACCAGAUCACAUUCCCGAGCACUCCGCCACACCGGCUUCCGGGCCCAUGACGCGCAAACGCCGCGGCACAAUCCAAUCCCUCCCUCAUCAGCCACCAGCCUCUAAACGCAGAAGACAAGACUCGCCUUCCGCAGCCCCCGAUACUGCAAAUGCAGAAGUCGACGAUACGACCCCACCCCCACGCCCAACUACCAUCCUCGCCACCCGCAACUUCGCCAAAAUGGCCGCAACUAUCAUGAAUGACAUCACCUCCCACAAACACGCCGCCUGGUUCGCCAACCCGAUCCGCGAAAAGGACGCAGAGGGCUACAGCGAAAUCAUUAAGCAACCGCAACACCUCAAAUCGAUUCGCGCGGCCAUUACAGCAGGGACGCGUGCCGUCGCUGCUGCGGUCGCACAGCUCGGAUCUCCACCCCCAGGAGCGGAGGUUUCGACCAUGAUCGAGCUGGAGCGGACGCCGGAGUUGGUACCGCCAAGGGCGAUAGUGAACGCGGAUCAGCUGGAGAAGGAGGUUUAUCGCAUGUUGGCUAAUGCGGUUAUGUUCAACCCCGGGGAGGAUGGGAUAGUGGGGGAGGCGAGGGAGAUGUUUGCGGAUGUUGUGGGGAAGAUUGGGGAGUGGCGGGGCGCGGAGAGGGAUGCUGGGGUGGUGGAGGAUGAGGAAGGAGGAGGUGGGAAGGCUAAGAGGAGGAAGGUUUGAGCGAGUGUGAGUGUGUGCGAAUAGGAAAGGGUUGAGUUGUGUGCCUUAAUGCUACUAGCGUGGCGUUUUUGGGUGAAUUUUCCGGGCGAUGAUGCCACAAUUGUAGGUUAGCAAGUGUAAGAUCGUGAGUUGCGCUCAGG